CGGCCGCCGAGGCGCGUCGCGUUUUCAUACCCGAAAGUACGAGACAAGUCGCCAAGAUUUUCGACCGCCAGUACCACUCCCCCUCCAAGGUGUUGAAGUUGGAGGACGACCCUUGGGGGUCAUGUGCCAUGUACUCGCCGGAUAAGAUGAAGUCCGGCGGGGGUCUGAUGGCUCCGCCCGGCUGUUUUCCGGGACGGUACAGCCCCACGUACCGGAGCUCCGACCCGCGCCGGUGCGUGCCUAAUCCAUCGAGUCGGAUAUUGGAGGAUGCGUCGCUGAUGUGCAACUCCUGGUCACCGAGACACAAUGGUGAUAUCUUCGGUGGCCUAAACGACGGUCUUCUUAGCAGAGCGGAGGCUUUAGCUGCAGUGGACAUCGGGAAGCACCAAUCGGGACCGCAACCAGGCCCACCAUUACCACAGCUGAAGCACGACAUGGUCUAUCAUCAUGGGGUCGGAGGACCGCCCCCUCACAACGCGAGGCCGCAUCAGAAGCCUUUCUUUCCUCAGAUGGGUCACCACGGAAUGGAAGGGAUCGACAUGCUCGAUCCGCUGACUUCGUCCUCUAUGACCACACUGGCGCCGAUGGGCGAAGGCGCACCACCACAUCACCAGCUCCACGGCUAUGGCGCAAUGAACCACGUUAUGAACCAUCACCACCACCCCGGCGGGCUCGGACACGCACCUCCCGCGCACCUAGGACACCCCGCUGCUGCACUACAUCCCGAUACUGACACAGAUCCUCGAGAACUCGAAGCCUUCGCUGAACGAUUCAAACAGAGACGGAUCAAACUCGGCGUCACACAAGCGGACGUCGGCAAAGCGCUUGCGAAUUUGAAACUGCCAGGAGUGGGGGCGCUCUCGCAGAGCACGAUCUGUCGCUUCGAAAGUCUAACGCUCAGUCACAAUAAUAUGAUUGCUCUCAAACCCAUACUGCAGGCGUGGCUCGAGGAAGCGGAAGCGCAGGCCAAGAACAAGAGACGGGACCCGGACGCGCCAAGCGUCCUGCCGGCUGGCGAAAAGAAACGCAAGAGGACAUCCAUAGCGGCACCGGAGAAACGAAGUCUAGAAGCGUACUUUGCAGUCCAGCCGAGGCCUUCCGGCGAGAAGAUAACCGCAAUCGCAGAGAAGCUGGACCUCAAAAAGAACGUCGUGAGGGUUUGGUUCUGUAACCAACGACAGAAACAGAAGCGGAUGAAGUUCGCGGCGCAACACUGACCGGCGGGCGGCAGCGCGGCGCUGCUGUACCCCGGCGCCGGGUACGGGUACUGAGACGCCGGCUGCGACUGCUCUCCUCGACGCUCGAUCCUCCCGACUGCGAGUCGAAGCGCAACUAGUCCUUAGUGUAGAAACUGUUCACCGCGACCCAUACGACGACGCAUACGUUUGUUUGUACUCGUUCUGUAACUUCUCAUAUGUUUUUCGAGACACAGGGUACGUAAUAUCGAUUAUAUACAUAUCAUUACAGAUUGAUAGACGUCGCUUUCUCAUACAUCGUUUAGUUCGUACUCGCCGUGUUUCACGUUUCGGAGCAUUUAAAUUAUAUGUGUACAUGAAAAUUGAAAUUCAGGAUUUUUAAGAGAAUGUGCCUUGCAAAUAAUCAAUAUUCUGUGUUUAAUGUUAGAAACUCGGUCGCUGCGAGUCGCAAGAGCCGGACCGGACGGAUUAGGUGUGCCCCCGGUUCUGUUCGACACCUCACAUAUUUCCGACUACAGUGUGCUUAGUGCGAGUUUCUUAACGUUCUCGAUAGUGUAAUAGUUAACCCAAUUUUGUAUGCAGUUGGAACAGCGCCCCUAGCGGCAAACGUACGCAAACGAUCCCAUUCCAUUGAGAUAACUUUUACGCUAUCGAGAACGUUAAAAAACUCGCACUUAGCACACUGGUUGCACUGUGCGUGCCCGCAAUAGUGUCAUGCGGAACAGAGCCACGCUCUUAUUUCUCUUCGUGUUUCGUUAAAUUCUAAUAAAAAUAAAAACGUUUCUGUACGCAUGACACUCGUCCCGAUUGCGCAAUGUUUACAUUGUGUUCGAUGACAUUAUUGUUAGACGUUAUGUUCUGAUAUUAUUCAAUUGAAACUGUACAAAAUAAUCGUAAGUGUAUCUUUUAUGUUUGUUAUGAUGUAUAUAAAAUUAAAUGUUUUUUUUUUUA